UCAGGCAAAUAAUUGUAGAUACCUCAGUAAAGUGAUCAGGCCAAGAUGGCGGCGGUUCGGGGCUGGAAUCGGGAGGAAGUGUACGGAGAUUGGGAGUGAUUCCGGGGCGCGUUUGGCAGACUAUGGCCCGACUGGCAGACUAUUUCAUCGUCGUGGGAUUCGAUCACAAUAAAGAACGAGGUAUUGGCACAGGAAGAGGAAAGAUCUUACAGCGGUUCCCCACUACAGACUGGGAGGAUGUGACGUUUCAUCAGGGCUUAGAACUGUUCUGCCAGCCAGGAGGAUGGAACCUGUCCAUGCAGCGCCGCCCGCCCGCGUUCUUCGUGGCGACGCUAACGGACAUGGACGCAGAGCGGCACUACUGCGCCUGCCUCAGUUUCAUGGAGCCUGUCGAGGUCCAGCCAAACCAGCCUGAUGAGCAGGAGAGUGAGGAGGAUGAGGAGGAGGAGGGAGUGGAGAAUGGGGAGGGGCCCAAACAGACGCUCAUGUUCGCCCCCAAGUCACUGGUGCUCGUGUCCAGACUACAGCAUUUUGAAACAUUUAGGCAUUGUUUAGGUAUCCUGUACACAGUGUACAUAGAGAACCAGUCUGUGCAGAUAGAGACUCUGGUGGGGAACCAUCUGGGCAGUGUGCACGUACCACCGCCGGUAGGGCCACAGGUGAGAUUUUCCAUAGGAGCGGGAGACAGACAGGCACUUCAGCCACCACUGUCGGACAGCCUCCCUGUCACAGGGACUACAGUGGCCAUGCUCUUUAGACAACUAGGUAUCUACAACGUGAUCUGUCUGUUCUGUGCGGCUCUGACGGACCACAAGAUCCUGUUCCACUCAACGUCGUACUCUCGGAUGUCGGACGCCUGCCAGGCUCUGUGUGCGCUCAUGUUCCCCAUUAAGUACAGCUACGUGUACAUUCCCGUACUACCGGCCUUUCUGAAGGAGGUGCUCUCCACACCAACCCCCUUCAUCAUCGGUGUCCACGCUUCGCUCAAGAACGAGAUGGCAGAUCUGUUGGAUGUGAUCAUAGCAGACUUGGACGGGGGCUGCCUGACGGUACCAGACUGCAUCAGUCUCUCCCUGCUACCAGAGCCUCUACUGUCCAGAACAAAACUCGCUCUGUCUAUGGUGCUCCAUCCCGACCUGCAUGUGUCCGACCACGCAUUCCCACCCGAGUCCACAGCACCCUCACCCCUGCCCAUGCUGGAUAAAGAGAUCCGAGCCAUUUUCCUGCGGCUGAUAGCAGAGCUGUUUUUCGGGUACAGAGGCUGUCUCACCCUCAUCAGGAUCCACCCUGAACCAGUCAUCACAUUCCAUAAGGCCACUUUCCUGUCGCAGCGAGGGCUGAUCGACGAUGAUUUUCUCACCAAGGUGCUGGACGGGAUGUCGUUCCGACCAUUUGUGCACGAGAGGGGGCCGCCAUACAGACCGUGUGACAUCUUCGACGAGCUUGUCUCCGGUAUCCAGACAGUAGUGCGAGACGAGGGGGUAGACAACAAGCGAGUUAUGAAGAACGUGCACGAGCUCGCGAGACAGCUGUACCUCAAUGAAAAUCCGAGUCCCCAGCCGUACGUGGAGAAGAUCCCCAAAGCGACGGAGGCGGCCCACUCGCGGCUACCCCAGCCCCAGUUCCCCGUUCUGAGCGAGUUUCUGGUGCAGCAGGUCAUCGAGGAUGCCCAGGCCAAGAGAGCACUCACAGCGCCCAAGAUGACAUCGCUUAGAGUACAGCAGCCAAGGAUCGUGCCAUGCGGAGAGAACAGAAGAGACAAGUUCUCCGGCCUGAACAGCAGCGCUCGGAGGUUAGAGGUCAUGAGAAACUGCAUCAACUACAUCUUUGACAACAAAAUACAAGAAGCAAAGAAGUCGUUUCCGGCAGUUUUACGGGGUCUGAAGAGUAAAGUGACGCGGCUGGCGCUGUGUGACGAGCUGAGCCUGCAUAUGCAGCAGAACAGGGUUGUCUUGGAGAACCAUCAGUUUGACAUGGUGGUGCGGCUCAUCAACUGCGCGCUGCAGGACUGCUCCAGUAUGGAUGAACACGGCGUGGCGGCCGGGCUGCUGCCACUGGUCUGCGCCUUCUGCAGGAAACUGGCCCCAGGAGUGAUGCAGUUUGCGUACACGCUGGUGCAGGACCAUCCUGUGUGGGCCAACCUCCAGUUCUGGGAGGCUUCCUUCUACACAGACGUGCAAAAACACAUCAAGGAACUGUACCACCAGCCGGACAGAAACGGCAGUGCCAAGGAUACCCAUGAACUAGAGGUGCCAUCCAGCCCCGGAAUGAGAAGGAGGGUAGAGGUCAACAGGUCGUUGGAGAAGUCAGCUCUUGAUAUCGCAGCAGAACAGUUGAGAUUAUGGCCCCAUCGGUCGAAGGACGAUCAACAAGAGCUGGUGAAUAACGAAGAGAGCACGGUGUACAGCCAGGCCAUCCACUACGCUAACAGGAUGGUGUUCAUGCUGGUGCCUCUGGACACUAGCAAGGGCAUACGUGUCAAUAUGGGCAAUGAUCCGGAGAGCGGCAGCAAUAGCAACGUCACAAGCAGUAUUGGAGGCAGUGACAGUUUUGAUGCGGAGAGUGCGCAGUAUGGAGAGGAAGAGUCUGACAUGACGGGAAGCGUGUGUCGGUUCAUCACCAGGUUUGUGGACAAGGUGUGCACGGAGAGCGGGGUGACGCCAGAUCACAUCAAGGCUCUACACGCAAUGGUACCAGGUGUUACAGCAAUGCAUGUAGACUCCAUGGAACAGGUCUGCCGAGAGAGUAAGAGGCUUCCGCCCAUACAGAAGCCAAAGAUCCUGAGACCGGAGCUGCUCCCCGGUGAGGACAUCGUGAUGGAGGGUCUGCGGUCGUACCUGAUCCCUGACGGGCGCGAGGAGGGCACGGGAGGGUCCAUGGGGGGUCCCGCCCUGCUGCCAGCCGAGGGGGCUGUCUUCCUCACCACUUACAGGACCAUCUUCAAGGGGAUACCCUGCGAUCCUCUAGCAUCGGAGCAGAUAGUGGUGAGGUCCUUCCCGGUGGCAUCCCUGACACGAGAGAAGAAGAUAAACGUGCAAUACCUGUCCCACAUCAACGAGUGGCUGUCCGAGGGUCUGCAGCUCAGAGCCUGUACAUUCCAAUUGGUGAAGUUGGCGUUUGACGAGGAGGUGACCUCAGAAGACAUCGAGACGUUCCGUAAGCUGAUCAACCGCCUGCGGUACCCGGUCAGCGUACAGGAGAUGUUCGCCCUGUCCAGGCACCACGUGGGCCCGCGCACCAUGAUACAGAAACACAAAGAGAAGAAUGCAACGUUGAAGGCAGUUAUUUAUGAAGAUGACUACACAGGCGCUACCGCCGGCUCUCCCAUGCCACGGGCAAGUUCGGAAAGAGGAAUUGAUGCGAUGCCUGGCAGGCGAUCCAUGUAUGGCACUAAAGAUUGGAGGAUUGCACAACAAAGCAGAGCCCUGAGCAAGACCCUUGGAAAGGGAGCGAAGAAAGCGGGAAAGCAGAUAGCGAAGAGAACGAAGUACAUGCUGCCAACCGACAGCAUUUUUAUGGCGAAGGUUGACGGCGACGUGAGGAAAGCUGCGUCGUUGGACGAGUUAGCUUCAGUACCAGUAGCUCCAGCUCUGGCUAGGAGAGAAGGCAGAAAGGCAGGGCAGGCCCACACACCCAGGGCAGGUAACACAAAAGAUGAUGCGGAGAGUCGGCCGUCAGAAAAGUUGAGCCUGGAAAGACUGAAGGAGCAACCGGCGUACAGGGACUACGUGAGACUGGGGCUGGGGUCGCUUAACGGCAGCCAGGCACGGCAGAAGACAGAACCUUUCAGAAUAUCCCAAGCAAACGUCAAGUACUCAACCUGUCGGAGUUACCCAGCCCUGAUCGUGGUCCCUCAGUCGGUGUCGGAUGAAAGUGUGAGGAAGGUAGCUCGGUGCUACAGACAGAGCCGGUUGCCGGUGGUAACGUGGAGACACCCCCGCACGCGGGCGGUCCUGAUGCGGUCUGGAGGAUUCCAUGGGAAGGGUGUGAUGGGGGUUCUGAAGUCAGCGCAGAAGUCGGCGCAGCUGGUACAGGCUCCACAGUCAGGUGGUUCCUCCGACACAUCCAGCAGUGUAGAGCAGGAGCAGUACUUCUCCGCCCUGGUGUCCGCCACCCCUGCGAGCCGCUCCGGCACGCUACGACAGCUUGACCUUUCACCCUCGGAGUCCCUCACCUCGCUCUUCACCGUGAGGACCAGUGACCAAUCGGAUCCCUCGACCCCUGACAGCCAGAGGAGGGAGGCGGCCAAUAGGAAACUUCCGCAGCCGAGACAAGGUUCGGGCAAAUCGUCCAAUAGCAGCAUUAGCAGCAUUAGAUCAGGAUUUUCUCGCCAAUGGACCAGCUUUCGACACAGUGUGCAUCCUAAUAAAGGGUUCAAGCACUGGAACAGCCUACGCUCCAGUGGCAGAGCGAGCUCGGGAAGUCAGAUCGACACGGGACUGAGACUGGCGUUCGAGAACGGAGCCCUGUCCAAGGACUCCGGGAUCAGCAAUGGCAGCAUACAGAACAUGCACGGCUCCGUGCUGUACGCCUUUGGGGAGAAGUCUCAGAUGAAGGGAGUGAAGGCGGACCAGUUUCCCAAGUGUGACUUCAUCCCGGUGGAUUUUGUGGAGGUUCGGCACAUGAAGGCCAGCUUCAAGAAGCUGAUGCGAGCGUGCGUCCCCAGCGCGCCUUUCACCGACCCUAACCUGGGCUUACUCAAGGCUGUGGAGGAGUCUGAGUGGUUACAACAGGUCUCCCACCUGCUGCAGUUGUCCGGUGCUGCAGUGGACCUGCUGGACAUGCAGGGGGCCUCGGUCCUGGUCAGUCUGGAGGACGGGUGGGACGUCACCACACAGGUGGUCUCACUCGCACAGGUGCUACUGGACCCAUACUACAGAACUGUGGACGGCUUCAGGGUUCUGGUGGAGAAAGAGUGGCUGGCGUUCGGCCAUCGGUUCUCCCAUCGUUGUAACCACACACAGGCUUCCCAGGGGAGCGGAUUCGCGCCAGUCUUCCUGCAGUUCCUGGAUGCAGUACACCAGGUCUUGCACCAGUUCCCUUUGUCCUUCGAGUUCAACAGCUACUACCUGAAGCUGCUGGCCUUCCACUCUGUGUCGGGGCGCUUCAAGACCCUUCUCAUGGACUCUGAGUACGAGAGACUAGAAGCAGGUCUGCUCACAGACAAGGAGAAACACAAGGGCGUUCACGGGGAUGAACCCACGGGGUCGCUCAAGGGCGCAGCAAAGGACUCUGGGAAGCACGCUCACAGCAGAACGAUCUGGGACUACAUCAGCCAGCUGCACACGUCAUCGCCGCUGCUCUACAAUGUCAACUACCAGCCACAGCAGGAGUCUCCGGUGCUAAGGCCGUACUCCUGUAUCUCCAGUUUGCGAAUCUGGGACUAUUUUCUGGAAGAGGACCUGUCAUCCGGCCAAUCGUACGACAGAGAACUCAUGGCAAUGGCUGUACAGUGUAACAGAAGUGGAAGCCCCUCGCGCCCAGAACACAGGAGACGUAGCCGACAGCAUGCGGAGGAGGUACCGGAGGAGCAGCUGUCGCCUGUCAGCAACCGCAUCAUCAUCAGCGCCUGCUACGACAACAUCGCACAGCACCAGCCCAACAGCCUGGAGUGGCUGCUCAAGGAGAGUCGAGACCUGGAGCAGGACCUGGGCCACCUGCCCCUGAAGUGGCGUUUCCUGUGGGACAAGCUGGAGGACAACUCCUGCAUGCCUCGUCCCAGGAAGCCUUCUGUCAGCACCCAACUGGUGCGCGCUCACGGGAUAUCCACUCACAAGAGAGCCACCAUCGAGGUGUUGAUUAAGGGCAAGUUGUCGACAGGAGCAGAGAAGGCCUUCACCCACCCGCACAGGUUCGAGAUGGCGUCCUUCCCCACACCGACCUACUGUGACUUCUGCAGCCAGAUGCUCUGGGGCAUCGCUAAGCAAGGCCUGAGAUGUGCAGACUGUGGCUACUCUUGCCACGAGCGGUGCAGGGAGCUCGUACCGAAGCACUGCCGGCGUGUCCGCGCGCUGGCGGACGGCGGUGUCGGAGGAAGCAUGGUGCGACUGGACUCAGAGUCGGACGUCAGCAAGGCCUCGUCCACAUCAAUGGUGAUCCAGGGUCCGUCCGACGGGACGCUUUACGACCAGUUCUCCUCAGCAAGCGAGGAGCACAGUAUUCACGAGGGUUACCUCUACAAGAGAGGGGCCCUACUGAAGGGAUGGAAGCAGAGAUGGUUCGUUCUCGACUCCAACAAACACCAGUUGCGGUACUACGAUGCAAUCCAUGACCAGCACUGUAAAGGGUUCAUUGACCUGUCAGAGGUCGUGUCAGUGACCCUGAGUACCCCCCUACCUGGGGCGCCCAAGAAGACAGAAGACAGAACCUUCUUUGAUCUGCGUACAGUGCGGAGAGUGUACAACUUCCUGUCGAGCGACCGGCAGACGGCCCAGGAGUGGAUAGACAAGAUCCAGAGCUGCAUAUCCAGCUGAUGUCCGCCUUACAGGAAACAACACGUCGUGCACUCUCUACUGCAGGCACAGGCCAGUGUAAGACUCAGAGGGGGCAGAGUAUCACCAUCUCUUCCGUGUUUAGGAAAAGGCACACAGUUAGUUUGGAAGCCCUCCUGCCCUCUUUUUCAGGCUUAGGGAAAGGCACACAGUUGUGAAAUGAUUUUACAAGGUCUCUUGAAAUUCACAGGUGCAGAGAUCAAUGAACUUUAUUGACCUUCCAGAGGUCAGUGACCCUCAUUGACCUCGAAUCUUGUGCUGUGAUUGGUGCAGCUGCAGGUCAGGGUUUCAAAGCAGAAGUGCUCUGUGUUGGAAUUCAAAAGCAGUUGUGGGAAAGUAUGAGGACUUUUUUAGUCAAAUUAGGACAGGAACAAGGCACAUGAUAGUACUGCAUCGUAACCAGCGUUCUGUCUAGUCAAUGCGAGAGAUCGCUGUUGUUGUUUAUAUCCGGGGUAUUGGACGGUUGUUGCCUACCAGGACGUCAGUAGAUUGGAUCAAAAAUUGAUAUUCAAAUUAGCUGCUCAAAUUACUGGUGAAUAUGUAAAUCAAUCUUUUGCCAAACACCUGCUUUUUGCCUACCACUGCGUCACCGUGACAUCAUUGCGAUCGCUCGUAUGAAAGGUUCUUAGUUCAGACUUAACAGUGGUACUAAAAUAUGAGGUCAGAGUUUAACCUUCCCUUGCCACCGGCUGGUGUACCAAGUUGCAUAACUCAGCUGUGUG